CGGUACGGCAGUGACGUGUUAAACAAAGGAGUGUGAACAGUGCGAGUUUAUUUUGUGCGAUAUUUAUUUCAUAAUUUUAGUGUAUUAAUUCAUUGGAUAAUUUGAUUACAAUGAAGGAAUUUAAAUAUGAUGUUAUAGAAUUAAUACGUGGAGUCAGGGAACGGCCAUGUCUGUGGAAUAAAACAUUAGAAAAUUAUAAAGACCGCGUCGAAAGAAGAACCGCUUGGGAGCAGAUAUUCCGAUCGUUGGAUGAAAGAUACGACGAAAUGUCCGCGGAAGAAAAACGUACAAUGGGAGAGUUAGUUUUGAAUAAAUGGACAAAUAUACGUGAUACGUUUGUAAAGUCACUCAAAACAAAAAUGGGAAAACCAAAAAGGAAAUAUCUCCUACAUCACCAUCUAAAAUUUCUCAUCAAUGAAUCUGAAGAAGCUGGCGAGUCGAUGGACGAUACUUCUGAACCUUCGAAUUCUUUCAUGAAGCAAGAAGAGCCAACAAGUGAUACUGUUCUGCAAAGGAUAAGUAUAAGAAAGCACAACGAUAGUGAUGAAGACUAUGUACCUGAUGAAACACCUAGUAGAUAUACUAAUGCUCACAAUACAAGGAAACGAUCCAAGAAAACAGAGUACAAAGAAGAGGAUAUGUUUACUAACACAAAAGAAUACGCAACAAAUAGUGCCUUGAAUUUUGUCGAAGUCGAAGAAGCUCAGGAUCCAAGAGUAAUGAAUGAAGAUGAAGCUUUCUUCGCGUCUCUCUUACCGACAGUUGUGAAAUACAAUGAGGAUGAACGAUUAGAGUUCAGAAUACAAGUUCUGUCUGUGAUGAAAAAGAUAAAGGAAAGUGGAAAGUGGCAGAACUAAGACUUUUACUAGAUAAUUUAUUGUAUCUAUAGGUAAUUAAGUCUAAUUAUAAAAUAGACGUAAGUAAAUAUUGUUAUAGGUUAAGAUCCCGGUGCCAAUUUCUGUAGGACUAAGGCUUAUUAUUGAAACUUGGUUUAAAAGAAAUCAUCAUCAUCUUCCUACCCUUAUCCCUGUUAUUAUUUGGGGUCAGCGUAAUAUGGUUUUAUCCAUAUUACAAAAGGAUUUAGCUUAUAGUUUUACGACCGGCCGUUUGCCUGACGUCAACCCUCUUUGGGAAUUUUUGGGUUGGGUUCUCUUUGGGUUUUAAAGAAAUACGAAUUAAAAUUAAAUAAAAUACACUUGGGUUGUAUAUUUAAACAUAUAUUAAUAAAAUAUUAUAUAUAUGCCAGUUGCCACAUGGCUUACUUAUGACCCCUUUUUUAUAUAGUUAACACUUACAAUCAGGUGGGCCGUUAGCUUAUUUGCCAUUCUAAAUUGCAUAAAAAAUUAACCCUAUUUUAUCGUAAAUACAGAAUAAUAAACUUCUGUUUAGUGUAAAUCUUAUUAAAAAGCAAAUAAGAAAAAAUUUACUCAAAUUAUGGUUAACCCUAUUAUUAUUUAUAUAUCAAACUUAAAAGUCUUUAACUGUUUACUGCUGAAUAUAAGCCUUCCCCCUUUGAGAGUUUUGCUAGUAAUUGCCACGCUUGGCAACCACAAUUAGACUUUAAAGAUGUUUUAAGAGGGACGCUGCUGCCCAUUCCUCGCUCUCUUUUAGUCGGCUCUUAUAACACCCACGGGAAAGGAAGGGGUAGCCUAUUCUAUACUGGGACCAUACAGCAUAAUGAUAUGUGUAUUAUGUAUAAUUAUAAUAAAAUAAUUAUGGUUAUGGCUAAUUGAAAGUAGGCGAUCCGAGUGCAUUGCUUAUUUCACUUAAAUAUCUAACAAUUUUUACAAUCUAAAUAAGUGUAAAUAAUCAUGUUUUGUUUUAUUUUACAAUAUUUAAACUAAGUUUUAUUAAGUAUAAACUUGCAGUAUUCAGCAGAGAGAUCUUAACCUAUUAUGUCUCUUAUGACAUAUUUUAACAAUAUCCAAUAAUAUCUUUUAAGUUUGUGAUUGCAGUCUAUUGUAUAUAUUCAUUGUGAAUAUAUAAGUACAAAAGUUUUAAUAAAUUUCAUACAAAUUGUGUGAAUUGUCAAUUUACAA